CAGGCGAGCUCACCGCCUUCACCUCCAUCGCCAUGGCUCCACUGUUCCACGUGGAGGCCCUGCUCCCGAGCUCCAUCUCUCCCAAGAUCGACAGUAUCCUGCACUCCCACAUCUACCCGCAGGUCGGCCACGUCUUCCGCGCCGUCGCCAAGUUCAAAGCCUUACUCGUCGACGUGAUACUCAACAAGAAGAAGAGGACGGCGGCAGCGGGGCGAUCAGCCGCUGCCGGCGGGUACGGCCGCUCGACGAAGAGGAGCGGCGGCAAGAAGCGGGCGAGCAAGAUCGCCGGCUUGGUGAAGAUGCAGUUCACGGCCAGCUCCUCCCCGGCCGGAGCGAGGCGUCAGCUGGACUACGCGACGAGCCGCGAGUACUCGGCUCCGUGGAGCGCGGCGGCGACUGAGGUUGAGGAGGCGGUGCAGGUCUGCGACGACGCGACGGAGUGCGGGUACCUGUGCUGGCUGGAGGAGGAGGAGAGGCCUGCCGGAGAGGAGGGUGCCGUGCAAGACGACGGCGACGACGGCGAUGUGGCGGUGAACGAGAUCGACAGGCUGGCGGAGAAGUUCAUCGCGAGGUUCCACGCCAAGUUCCUGCUGGAGAAGCAGGAGUCGUACCGGAGGUACCAGGAGAUGAUCGCAAGGAGCAUCUGAUCGAUCAGGUGAUCAGCGCCAUUAAUUCGAGGCUAAGCUCUGAGCCUCAUCUGGAGUACGUGAUCAGUAUACCAGGAACAGUGAGUGAGCGAUUCAUGCAUGGCGCGCCGCGGCCGGCGUGCCUCGGAAUUGGGGUCGUUUCCGGAAGUUUGUGUGUGUGUGUUUUGUUGGUGGGAUGGUUUUAUGUACGAGUUGGGGGUUACGGCGGUUUGAAAUUUGAAUUUGGGGAGCCAAAAGGGGACUGCUGUAAAUUCAUUCAUUUUCAAUGGACCGUAUAUAUGGUUGUCAAAUAAACAGUGGAAGCUCGAGCUGCCAUGGUAA